GUAUUUUUUUACCAUAGUAAUACUGCUGUCAAUUUAGUUUGACACAUGUAAGAGGUUUAUCAGACCUGGCUUUGUUUACGCUUGAAUAUUGUUAUUAUGAUUUGUUCACCUACCGAUGAAGAUUCUCAAAUAGUUAAAAAAGUCUUACCCUCAAACAUAUUUAGAAAAAUAAAAAGAAGUAACAGGAAAUCAUUGCAAAGGAAGGUAAGGAAAAGGUACACGAAAUUCGUUAACACAAUGUCGUCUUGGGCAGAAAAUUUCGCUGUGGCUGCGACAUGGCAAUUCAAACAUCAAGUCGCAUAUUGGAAGGCGAAGGCUGUAGCCUUGGAAUAUGAAAACAAAGUAUUACACGAUGUUAUUCGAAAGAAUCAUUUACAACUUGAUUCAUUGCCAGAUAUUGAAAAUAGAAUGGAAGCUGAAUUCCAAAAAAAUAGAUACCGAACUCAGACUGAAAUCGAAGAAAAUGAAGACGGAACAAAAAGUAAAGUGGAAGAGAGUGAUACGGAAAACGAAGAAGAUGAAGAAGCCGAGGAGGACGGCUUUGAGGUUAGUGAGGAGUACAUUCAGUUUCUAACAGCCAAUGUUAAAAUCAAAGAACAAGCUAAACGCGAGAGAGAGAUUCUUAAAGCAAAAAGGGAGGCAGAAAACGCGGCUGCGUUAAAAGAAGAACGGCGGGAAACAGAAGAAGAGUGUAGAGAGAGAAUGAAACGUUUGUAUGGACCUAAGUGGCAACGAAUAUCAGCGCUAGAGAUGUCAAUGUUAUCGAAUUUUAUACACGAUUCUGAUGAAUUGAAACCGUCAUAUUGGCCGAACAUACCUUUUAACUUUAGCAGUUGAAAGUCUAAUUGCGAUAGCAAUAGUUGUAAUUUCGAUUGUAUCGAAUAUUUGUAAUUUAGUUAUGUUAUAUAUACCUUGUAUGAUUAUGUCCCAAUGUAUAAAUAAACACUUUUUUACCAUA